AUCGGAACAACACUGCUCAUCUCUAGUGUAGGAGAAAAAGGGUACUUUUGUAUUGUAGACCAAAAAGACCUUUGUUUUUUCUGAAAAGGCGAAUGUAGAAGGUGUAGAUUAGACACAAAGGAUAAUCCAAAGUGCGCUCACGUUCAGCCAAACAAUAUCUAUAAAAAUCCACAAAAGGAGUAGAAAUAACUUGCAAUGAAUAAACGUAACAAUAUUCGCUUACCACCUGAGGUAAAUCGGCUGCUGUACGUCAGAAAUUUGCCAUAUAAAAUUACCUCGGACGAAAUGUAUGAUAUAUUUGGGAAGUUUGGGGCAAUAAGACAAAUUCGUGUUGGGAAUACACCGGAGACACGUGGAACUGCCUUUGUUGUCUACGAGGACAUAUUCGACGCCAAGAAUGCUUGUGAUCAUUUGUCUGGCUUUAACGUUUGUAAUCGUUAUCUGGUUGUGUUAUACUACCAGUCAAAUAAAGCAUUUAAACGCCUGGACGUCGAUAAGAAGCAAGAAGAACUUAAUAAUAUAAAGUCGAAAUAUAAUUUGAAAACUCCAGAGGCACCCUAGGCGGUAAAGAAAGGAAACGACAUCUCAGAAUAAAAAUGAUUGCCACAAAGAACAUUAAUCUUUAUUGUAUGCAUGGUAUUGUAUUUCUGCACUUUCGACUUCUAUCAAAUAUGAAACAUAUGUGCUUUUAUUAAAUUCUCCUGAUAUUUGUAUUUUGGACUGCCUAUCGUAAA